AAGCGUCGCGACGCUUUAGUAUAGUGCGGGCUGCGGACUGAAAUAAAUACGCGGCGUCGGUCGUAUCCAGACGCCAACGCGAGUUUUCAGUGAGUUUAGUUCUGGUUGCAGCGAAAUGCCUUAGAAAGAAGGCCCGAGCUGGGAAAGUCCAAAAGCGCGCUUCGCAGGAAAGAGCGCAUUUGAAGCACCGAAAACAUCGAUAUGGCUUCGAACGAAUCGGCCCUGAAGGAUCUGAUCCAUCCCUCCUAUAACGAACACCUCAAGUCUCACAAUGCCGUCACUUUUAAGCUCGUCAAAACCGUUUCAGAUUUCACUCAACAGCUCGGACAAAUGUACGAACAGCACGCUGAGGAAAUGCAGAUGUUGGUCGCUAACUUUCGGAAGCGAAACAACGAACUGCGCAAAGAACGGCCGGCGUGUCCCAGCUCAUUAUUUCAUACCUGGGAGGCUCUACUUCAGGAAGUCGAGAUCGAUUCUCAGGCUUUGGGUGAUAUCGCUUCCAUCCUUGGUCGCCAGGUGUCCCGACCAUUGCUGGAAAGAUCCUUCUACCGGAAAAUGCAAUCCAGGAAGGUUUUCGCACAUAGAGAGAGUUACGAGACUAUUAUUGCAAAGACGGAGGAAAAACUAGCCAAGACAAGACAAGAAUACAAGAAUGCUUACGUUUCCUACUUGGCUAGUCCGACGACUGAAAGUCUGAGUGCAUAUUUCAAUUCCCAUAAUGCGUACAUUCAACAGCUGCAUGCCACCAAUGGAAUGAUGGAGGAGUUUGGAAACGCCACUCUGCCAUCACUGUUGCAGGAGUUAGAAGAGAUCUAUGAAGACUUGUGCUCAACAGUGGCUGAUGCGGUUUUACAGGGUGCUGAAGUUGUAUCGUCUAGAGCAGUAGAGCAAACAAAACGCUACGAAACAUUGGCGAAUCAAUGCCGAACUAUAUCAGGAAACACUGAUCUGGCCCACAUGUCGCGCUCUUUACCCAUUCCUGCAGGCAGAGGCUCGAUUAUUAAGAGAAUUUUCGUGCCACCCCAACCUCCUGCAUCCCCGGAAGCCGCUGAGGGAGAGGUGGCCAAUGGACACAUCAACAACGAAAACAUCCCGCCACCAUUGAAAGACGAAUUAGUGAUAGAUCAGCUAUCGGCCGUCCAGAUCAAGCCUUCCCACGACGCGCUCAAGAAGGAGUCGGACGAUUUGAAAGUGCAAAUACGGCAGAUUCAGGACGCUUUGGACACGCUGUUGAGGAUCCAGCAGCGGUCGGUGGACGCGUCCCUUUACAAUAAAGCCAACGAACUUCAAGAGGACAUCUCGAUGAAGCGGUUCGACUUGAGGGUGGCUCAAAUACAUCUCAGCGCAAUUAAUGCACAGAAAGAACUGUUCACCCACAAGCUGGAAAGUGACACGGUUGCAAGUCGGGAACGGAAAAUGUCCGCGUCUUCGACCGCCAGCAUGAAGAACAAAUGGCUCAAAGCCUUCAAAAGUCUUAAAACCCCACCCCCUGAAGAUCCCAAACCUAAAAACCAAAUGUACCACGCCGUUUCAACAAUAAUGUCCAUGAGGAAAAACGGAGCAGCUGCUACCAAAGAACUGCUCAAAGGGGAUCCGGACGCUCACAAUUUCCAAGAGAACACGUACAAGAAAAUCACACCAUGCGAUGUUUGCUCACAGAUUUUACGAGGGCAUACCCGGCAAGGCCUAAAAUGCAGAAUAUGCAAGAUGAACGUCCAUCUCGACUGCCAAAAAGACGCCCAGAAAUGCCAGACGAAGGCCAAACUGCUGCGAAGACAAAAAUCGACGUCCGAAAUUGAAACCAGAGUGGCAGACGCCAAUCCUGAUGAUGAAAAUGUAACUGAAGGGGGUAUGCCGACCAUAAACCGACGAAUCUGCGCGAAACCGAUCGCCAACAGCCGCCUUUCCCCAUCAACUGAAGCAGUUCGUUUAGAACCUCCAGUUACCGAAGUGGACCAAAUUUACCAAGUCCUCAAGCAAGCGACGGAAAUUUCGAACUCCAGACCGCGAGUCAAUCUGGAAACGCCGGGAAUUUCGGUCGAACGAGGCUCGAAUCCUGGCAGCUCUAGCGGCUCUGGACAGAGCCUCAAUAAGGCCGUCCGAACGGGACUCACGCCUCAACCGGCUCGAGCGGGGGCCUCUAAUCUGGCCGUCCUCAAUCCAGUUCCCUGUUCCACUAGUUCAGCGCCCCAUUCGCCUCGUCGCCAAAAGCUCAACCUGCGCAUGAAGAGCUUGUCGCUGGAUUCUCCGGAAAGUACUGAGCACGCCCAGCGACGUCAGCGACAUGGAGCUAACGCGGCCAGCGAUCCCCAUUCUAAUCACAGCUCGUCGUCUAAGAUUCAGUCGCCUUCGAGUCCAGUGCACAACCGAAGAUUAUUAUCGGCGAAAAACAUCCGAAUGUCUUCCGUCGAGCUGCCGGAUGAAAAUGAGAAAAGUCCCUCAUCUGCCAGUACUUCGCCUUGUCCAAGUCCUGUUGGUAAGAAAUCGCACCGAUUGUUACCGACAAACCUCUACGUGGUGCUGUACAACUUCAAAGCCCGACAUCAGGAUGAAUUGGACUUAAAGGCCGGCUACAAAGUGACGGUGAUCGAGACAACUGAUCCCGAUUGGUGGAAGGGAAAGUGUUUUGGAAAAACCGGAUUUUUCCCUUCCAAGUAUGUGUCGAAAUUGUCGCCUGGAGAAAAGCCUUUGCAGGUAACCCACAAUCUUCAAGUAACGGACGGCGAUAAUGGAUUAAUGCUCCUGAGGGAUCAGAUUGUGAUCCAGAUUGGUGAGGAAAUUGAGGGCAUGGUGAUGAUCCGUUCGGGCGAUAACCGACAAGGAGUGUGUCCAGUGAAAUUUUUGCAGGAAGUGUGACAACGUAAUGAAAUAGCGUGUCAAGCCAAUAGUCCAUGCAAUUGCAGUAAGCCGCAGGAAGCCGCCAAGCAACCGGCUGCAGUUAAGCCGCCACAGACAUUGCGGAAAAUCUACUACCCAGCAGCGCAGCCACAAGUGCAGAUUUUCCGAAACAACAACAACACAUUUACGCGGCAGAGCGGCAAAAAGGACAACAAUUCGGGCAGCAUCUUGCGCUAUUAUUACAACAACUUCGCGAAAGGAAGAAAAGACACCAAUGUGUAUCAGAACGUGUUGGAACGGCGCAGGAAUGAGCUGGCCUUCCUGCAUGGAAAGGCGCCGUUUUCUUCCACGAAAAGACCGCUCUCCAUUCGACUAUCCACUCCGAAGCACGUCGCCAGCUUAUUCAACCGCUCGUUCACAUCGGAUUCGCAAAAAAGGCCGCUCUUGUUGCAGGGAUCCCCAUACAAUCACGAGUACCGGCCCACGCCCCAUUUCCAAAUAAUCGCCAACAAGAACGGCUUAAAAAUCUCCUCCAUCUACACCAUCAGUGAGAGCGUGGAAAAGUUCAGCUUGCACAGAAAGAAUUUAUAUAUUUCAUCCAACAGUAGGCCGCUUUUUGUUAGAAAGUAAAGUAUUUUCCCAUCACUGGACCUAUUUUUGUAUAUGUUAGACUAAGCCACACUGAAGUUGAGCGUAGCAGGUGCUUCUGCUGGUCGCCUCCACUUAUAACUAUGCUCAACAUCGAUUUUUUUUUUGAAAUCUACUGCACAAACGGGAAUUGUUCGGGGCUAAAUGCAGUUUUUUAAAUUAACAGACAGUACAAACCAACCACUUCUGCCAGCACAAGCGUCUGCUAUUCUAGCAAAUAUAUUUUCGUAUAAAUAA